AUGGAAGAAGAGGCGACCAUUCUUGGUGAGGUGAACCCUACUCCUGCCACUGGAUUCACACCUGUACCAAUUCGUGGUAGGAAUUCAACUACACAAGCCAGAGUAUCCCCUCCAAGUAAAAAACAAGAUGAGUGCUUUGAUGAUACAGCACUAACUCCAACUGGUGGACAGAAAACCUGCUCAAGCUUGCCUCCAUCCAAACAAAAGACAGGGACACCCCAACCCAACUGUCCUCGCUCUGUCUCUACAAAUUCUCCAACCUUAUCUAUUGCAUCUACACAUAAAAAAUCAACUCAACCUCCAGAGGAGACUCCCAGAAGGUCAAGCAACAAAAAAAAGAGUGACUGUGACCCCAGGAGAGGUUUACAUUUUCAAAGCUCGUGGUAGACAGCAGCAGUGAAGAAGAGGAAGAUACUGAAUAUUGCACAGAAGAAAACCCUGAAAUUGCCCUUGGAAACUGCUGUAAAGAACAACAACUGGAAAAUAAAGCUUUGAGGAAGAUAAUUCAGAAACUGCACAGGAGGCUUAAUAUAGCAUGUAUGUAAUCUUGAGUAUUUUUUUGCAAUCAAUAAUAAUUAUUACUAAAACAGUGCAUGUGUUUUAUCUUCAUGUACAAUUUGUUUUAUCAUUUGUUUACAUUGGCCCUGAAGAGCCCCAAUGUGAAGUGGUUAAUUGUGUUUACAUUUCUAGUGUAAUCCCUCAAUCCUGAUAUUAAUGCAAGCCUUGCUAGCAGGGAUUUCAAAACAAGCCACAACUGUCCGAGUUCUAUCGAGUACAUGUACCCAGUUAUUCUAGUCCUAGCAAUCAGCUCACAAACAUGUUCACUUACCACAACAGCCAAUUCUUUCAGUUGAUGAAGGCAUUAGCUUGAUAUUAGCUUUUUUCAUGUGUGUUAUAAGUGAAAUAAAGUUUUUUUUAUCUAUGCCUAUCUCAAAACAUUUUGAAAUUGUUGGCCUUCCACUUAGUACUUAUUCAGUGGCAGAUAUUUUACAUAGUUCCCAUGUAACUUGCUUGUACAUAAACACAAAAAUUUUCAAUCAUUUCAUUUACAGUGAAAGCAAAGACAACAGAGGAGAUAAUAAACAACAGGCCUCCCCCAGGUGUUCUUAUCCUUCCUUGGAAAUAGAAUACAAGGUAAUGUUUUAUAUUUUGACCCUUGGAGUUCCAAUAAUUGUACUAUUAAUGACUGAUGGUAAUAGGACUGUGUGAAGUACAAUUCAGGGAUUAAUCAAGCAAGUGAUUUUAAAUCAGCUGAGUGUGAUGAUGUGCAGCCGACUUGAAAUUAUGAGAAGGAUUAUCCCUGAUUUGUAUGACACAAAGUCCUAUUACCAGUAUCAGUUAAUCAUAUCAGUAACAAAAUAAAGGCUACGAAAUCUUUGCAUGAUAGUUGGUGUAUUGUACAAACAGAAGAAAGAACAACAACUACAAAAGCUUAUGUUUGUCACUGUUUUUUUUUUUAAAAACAGAUGGUAGAACUUGACGAAGGAUUUGGGGUGUUCUGGUAUACACAACAUCUUGCCUACUGUUCAGCAGUAAAAAAUUGGUCUGGCUAUGUCAAUGCUGUUGUUGAUAUUUUCUUCAACAAAGAAAAACUAGCAUCCUCUUGUGCCAUGGGCAACCAAAAAAAAAGCAAGACUGGUGACAGCCACCAACCACUAAACCCACUGAUUGUCCAUGCAAUCAUUGGUAGGUUCAUUAUACUUUUCUAACCCUUUGCUAUUUCUACAAAGUUGCCAUAAUUUUGAAGGUGAUCAAGGGUAUAAGAUGGAAUUACUCUAUAAUUUAAUUUUUAUGUAUUAAUUGGGGUGAAUUUAACUAGCUCAUGUAUUGAAUUAAUAGAAAGUAGAAAAUAUAUGUGUGGAAUGCUCGUGUCUGCAGAAAAAGAAAAGUAAUGCUUUGUGCCCAGACAGUUUUUGAAUUUGAAUUGUCUAAAAUUGCUUACAUUCCAAAGCCCAUGAAUACCUGCUUUUAAAUGAACUCUCAGACACCCAGGUUAAAACAGUGUUGUGACUACUUUGAGUACCGUAUACCAUGUAGAUUGUUAAAUAUUUUUUGAUAAAUUCAAAUGAGACAAAACAAUUAACAUUUAACUCUUGAUUCUCUCUUUAGGCAAAGUGUGUUCAAAAUUUACAAAAGACAGUGUCACUGCCAGCCAAGUUGUGCAAAAAAUAAACAUGAAGUGUGUUGAGGCUUGGCUCCCACAGAGAAUAAGAGUUUUUCUUCCAGAA